AUGAAGAAUCUUGUUUGCUGCGUUUUAAUUUUAACGUAUUUAGCUGUAAUUAAGUCUUCAAUAUAUUCCAAUUUAAAGGAAAAUGUUCUUCCAUAUAUAGCUAAAGACCGCGCUUAUAAAGAUAACUUUCUACAAAAAUAUAGCAAUAAAGAUGUUAAAGUAGACAGAGGGAAACCUGAAGUUUAUAAAAUUCUGAAAAAUAGAAAUGACCAACGUAUUAUUAAGCCGGUAAAUAUUAAAGACUUGAAUACAGAUAAGCAAGUUUAUCGAAUGGAUCCAGUACUGAACAUCAUUAAAAGUAAUCUAGAAGGAAGAAGAAAGUUUAAAGAUGACACCAGUAGUCUCUCUAGUUCUAGUGUUGAGGGAAAGAAUUGGAAAGAAGAAUGGAAGGAGCAUUGGCUGUUGAAAAAGCUUGAAGCCGUUAAUUCUUCAAUACCAAAAGGGGAUAUGGUUAAUAUGGUGGCAGCGCGGCCUUGGGGAGUUCCUUGUGGUGAUCCUAACCAACACGACUUCCCAUGGGGAUCAUGUAUGCUGCCAAUGGAAUGCGAGUCUGAAUACAGAAUUUACCGCGGUGACUACUUUUGCGGUCGGAGUAAUUUCGUUUGCUGCGCUUUGCAAAUGACCACAUAUGAUCUUUACACCGGCUUUGAUAUAUCCUUCGAAGACUCUGACUUGGCAACGGAUACAGAUGAAAAACGCAACAGGAAUAGAGGUUCAAAGGAGAAACGACGCAGAAAGAAGAGAAGAGAACAGAAACGCAGACGACGAGAAAGGUUAAAACGAAAGCGUAAGAUAAAGAGAGAUAUAAGGAAAAUAAUACGCGAAAUAACGAAGAUAUUGAAUAGAUCGUUCAGAAACGGAACUACGGAACGAAAGAGGAAGACAAAGCAACUGAAGAAGUUUAUAAAAGAAAUGAAGAAGAAGUAUAAGAAAGAUAGAAGAGCGGUAAAGGAUAUUCAUGAAAUGGAGAUGAUAAAAGUUGAUGCGGCGCUGCAAAAGCGCUUGAAUGAGAUAAGGGGAAUGAAUGAGGAGUAUGUAAAGAACUCGACGUUUAGAGACAUUAUUAUAAAUGGCACAAUCAGUAAGAAAAAUGUCAGGUUAUUAAUGAAUGCAUAUCCAGAAUUACAACAACUCUUGCAUACAAGGAGAAGUGGAAGACCUCCUGAUUACUUGGAGUAUGAUAUCGAAUAUGGUUUACUGUAUUACUAG